GAUACACUCACCACCAACUUAUAUUGAUUAUAUCAUACGUAAUUCAAUUGUUAGCCUGCUGAGAUUAAAUUGUUGGUGUUUUAAUAUGCCACAGCAUUCAUGAUUGUCCCGAACGGCCGUGACAAUGGCCGCGAGCUUUGGGGAGAAAUUGCUGGCGGAGGUGUAUGAGGAGAGUUUAGAGGAGCUCCUGCAUGACUUGAGUUGCCUCUAUGAGAGCAGCGAGAACACCCCGAGACAGCGUCUCGGAAUCCAAGCACUUGAUGACCUGCUGAGAGUCUUUAUGCCGCUUCCUGCUGUUACUGCAUGGGCACAAGCACAGCACCAGCCUCCAGAACCGACCAUUGCUACUGGCCAAGACGAGCAAGAGCAAGUCUAUCACGAAGGACCACCUAUCCAAUCAAACCCGGAACAUGACCUAAACACCUAUCCCAGAGAGCAGAUCUUCCCACCGGCCCGUAUUAGAAGUACGGAGCCAGUCGUGGAGAUUUCGAGCACGUCUUCCGGCGCCGGCAAAACUCAGACCCUGUAUUACUUGACUGCCAUCGCGAUCUUACCGUUUGAGUUUCACGGAGUCAAGCUCGGCCGGGAAUCUGUAGUAGUCUUUAUCGACACGGAUGGCCGCUUUGACGCUGAGAGACUUGUGACUGUGGCUCGAGGAAUUGUGCACAAGAAAUUCAAGACUCAGAAUGAGAACGCAGAGUCGACGACUACAGAAAGUGUGCCUUUGUAUACUGAGGAAGACCUCGACAGCCUGCUGGUGACCUCCCUGCAACAUGUCCACGUCUUCCGCCCUCAGUCCUCUGCGGCUCUUCUAUCAACUCUCCAGUCAAUGGAUACCUAUCUCCUCGACUUGACGCGACAUUUCUCAUCCGCCCGCCCGCUCCACACCAUCAUCAUCGACAGCGCAAGUGCCUUUUUCUGGCAGGACAAACUACACGACGAAGUCGCCCGCACAGAGGACAUCGGACGCCCCUACGAAGAGAUCGAGAGCGAACGGCGCGAGAAAAAAAGCUUUUAUCUGUUCGACAUGUAUGCGGAUCUCGUCGCGGAAUUGAAACGGCUACAGCAACUGUUUAGCUGUGCCGUCGUUUACACCACCAUUGCAUGGAGUGGGAGAUCCAUGCCUGGUCAAUUGUCUACAUCUGGGCCUUCUGGACCCUUUCCUUUGUUUGAUCCCUCGGAUGUCCCUGUCUCGCAGACUCCGUCGUUCCGGCCUUCACUUCCGGGGCCCUGGGGAGUGUUUUCGACUUUACGACUCGUUGUUCACCGGGAUGUGGUUAGGCCUUUCCAGCCUGCGAUGACGGUUCAUGAGGCGCAGCGAGAAGCUCCGUUGCGGCAGGAGGUUGUCUUGAAGGGGCGAUUUGUCGGAUGGGUGAACGGUUGGGGCCGGGAAGACUGGCCUAGGAGAGUGGUGGAGGGAUUGGACGAGAAGGAUGGAGGAAUGUUUGGGUUCUCUGUAGGGACGGACGGAGUGGACUUCAACUGAUGUUUAUGUGCUGUCUAUCCGGCAUGGUAUCUCAGGUAUGAUAUGUGCACAG